UUUUUGCCAGAAUCCUGAAGGCUCCUGAAUCCCAAAAUAUCACCUUUGGUUCUGUGGUGACGUUGCGGUGUGCAGCAGCCGGCCUUCCAGUCCCCACUGUCACCUGGCUGGAAAAUGGGAAAGCUGUUUCUGCAGGCUCUAUAUUGGAAAGCGUCAAGGACAGAGUGGUUGACUCCAGACUGCAGGUGUAUGUCACCCGACCGGGCCUGUUCACUUGCCUUGCCACGAACAAACACAGCAAAACUUUUGGAGCCGCAAAAGCUGCAGCAACCAUCAGUGUUUCAGAGUGGAGUAAGCUGUACAAGGGUGAUGCAGGCUACUGCAGCACGUACAGAGGUGAGGUGUGUAGUGCUAUCUUGGCGAAGAAUGCUCUUGUUUUCUUCAACUCCUCCUAUGCUGACCCAGAGGAGACCCAAGAGCUGCUUGUGCACACUGCCUGGACUGAACUGAAAAUGGUGAGUUCAUUCUGCCAACCGGCCGCUGAGUCUCUGCUGUGUAACUACAUCUUCCAGGAGUGCAAUCCCUCGGGAGCUGGGCCAGCUCCAAAACCAGUGUGCAGAGAGAAUUGCCUUGCUGUAAAGGAUCUCUACUGCUUUAAGGAAUGGCUCUCAAUGGAGGAAAAUGCUCAGAAGGGGAUUUACAAGCCAGGGCUGAUGCUGCUCACUCUUCCUGAAUGCAACAGGCUACCCAGCCUGCACCAGGACCCCAGUGCCUGCACCCACAUCCCAUUCUUUGAUUUUAAGAAGGAGAAUAUAACCAGGACUUGCUACAGUGGCAAUGGCCAGUUUUACCAGGGCUGGGCCAACAUCACAGCCUCCGGCAUUCCCUGCCAGAAGUGGAGUGACCAGGCUCCCCACUUGCACAGGAGAACUCCUCAGGUUUUCCCUGAGCUGUCUGAUGCUGAGAAUUACUGCCGCAAUCCAGGAGGUGAGAAUGAACGUCCCUGGUGCUACACAAAAGACCCAUCCGUGACCUGGGAAUACUGCAGCGUGUCUCCCUGUGGAGAUGCAUCGUUAUCACUAGGAACAAGAAAACCAAACGGAGAGACUUCAAAUCUCCCCCCUCCUCCUCCCUUUUCCCCUACGUACUCCAUGACUGUUAUAAUUUCAAUCAUCUCCAGCUUUGCCCUGGUUGUGAUCCUUGGCAUUGUCACCCUCGUUUGCUGCCGUCGGCGAAAGCAGUGGAAAAACAAAAAAAGAGAGUCAGAGACACCAACACUCACCACUCUGCCCUCCGAACUUCUCCUGGACCGGCUGCACCCCAACCCCAUGUACCAGCGGAUGCCCCUUCUCCUCAAUCCAAAAUUGCUCAGCCUGGAGUAUCCCAGGAACAAUAUCGAAUAUGUGAGAGAUAUUGGGGAAGGAGCAUUUGGGAGAGUCUUCCAAGCAAGGGCCCCAGGGCUGCUGCCGUAUGAGCCUUUCACAAUGGUGGCAGUGAAAAUGCUGAAGGAGGAAGCAUCCGCAGACAUGCAGGCUGACUUUCAGAGGGAGGCAGCACUCAUGGCAGAGUUUGACAACCCAAAUAUUGUCAAGCUUUUAGGUGUAUGUGCUGUUGGGAAACCGAUGUGCCUGCUGUUCGAGUACAUGGCCUAUGGGGAUCUCAACGAGUACCUGCGUGACCGCUCGCCCCGCAACCUCUGCAGUCUGGUGCACAGUAGCCUGGAUGCACGAAUCCGCCUCCCCAACCCCCUGGCACUGUGCUGCACCAGCCAGCUCUGCAUUGCCAAGCAGGUGGCUGCCGGCAUGGCGUACCUCUCUGAGCGCAAGUUUGUCCACCGGGAUUUGGCUACCAGGAACUGCCUGGUUGGGGAGAACAUGGUGGUCAAAAUCGCUGAUUUUGGUCUCUCAAGGAACAUGUAUUCAGCCGACUAUUACAAAGCCAAUGAGAAUGAUGCCAUCCCCAUCCGCUGGAUGCCCCCUGAGUCCAUUUUCUACAACCGCUACACCACAGAGUCUGAUGUGUGGGCCUAUGGGGUGGUGCUGUGGGAGAUCUUCUCUUACGGCAUGCAGCCCUACUAUGGGAUGGCUCAUGAGGAGGUCAUCUACUAUGUGAGGGAUGGGAACAUCCUCUCCUGCCCGGACAAUUGUCCUCUGGAGCUCUACAACCUGAUGCGCCUCUGCUGGAGCAAGCUGCCUGCCGACCGGCCAGGCUUUGCCAGCAUCUACCGCAUCUUGGAGCGCAUGUACGAGAGGGCUGUGGCCACCCCGUCCAUCUGA